UUAUUAUGGCCGCUAAGGUAUAACAGAAGCAAAAGCACCUUCAGCCACUAUAUAGAGAGAUUUGGCCACUAUAUAUCAGAGUUGAAGUACUUAGGAAAGUAUGAAUCAUCCCCACAUCAGCCCAAAACUCAUUCGAUUGCUUACGUUUUCUGCUUUUCUCGCCCUCCUCCCAUGGGAUCUGGCCUAUGCCGACCCUCCUUAUUCGUUUUGUCCCAACACAAGUAACUAUACAGAUGGUGGUCAAUUUCAAAAGAAUCUAAACGAUGUCCUCCAUUUUCUAACCUCAAAUGCUUCAGCUUCCAAAUUCUACGAAACCUCUACAGGAAAUGGCACAGAUCAAGUUUAUGGUGCCCACAUGUGCCUCAAUUAUAUCACAAAUGAAACCUGCCGGAACUGCAUAGCAACCGCUGCACAAGACAUUUUGACGGUUUGCCCAAACACGAGGGAAGCAGUUGUAUGGGAGGAUGAAUGCCAGCUGCGCUAUUCCAACCAAAAUUUCUUUGGCCAAGUGAAUGUUACAGGAAACAUCGGCUUAGAUAACGUGAAGAAUAUUUCCCAAUUACCAGAACAGUUCAAAUCUGUUGUUAAGGAGAUUUUGAAUAACCUUACAACGGAGGCUGCAGCAGCUAUCAAUCUUUCAGCUAUACUGUAUGCUACCGGAGAAGUAGCCUUUGAGGAUAAAACAAUAUUUGCUCUUGUGCAGUGCACAAGAGACUUGUCCGGUGAUGGCUGUAAUUCAUGCCUUCAGACGGCCAUAACAGAUGUAUUAAAUUGCUGCUAUUUCUCUAUUGGAGCAAGACUUCUUAGUCGUAGUUGCUACUUGAGGUAUGAAUUAUACAGCUUUUAUGGAGACACAUCUAAAUCUCCACGUUCAACUAAUGAUCAAGGGGCAAGCGGCGGAAAGAAAAUGAGGAUCAUCAUUACCCUCAUAGUGGUAACAGCCUGCUUGGCGCUAGUACUUUUUGCUGCCUUCAUAUAUUGCCUUGUGAACAAAAAGGCUAUAAAACGGGUGAGAAAAGGUGGUAUCAGUCGACAAGCAAAUAGUACUAGUAUCGAUGCAGAUUUUCCCCGUAUUGAUUUGGCAUCAAUACAAGCAGCUACCGACAACUUCUCUGAUUCAAAUAAGCUUGGGCAAGGUGGUUUUGGUCCUGUUUACAAGGGUAUCCUAGGUGAUGGAAAGGAAGUAGCGGUAAAGAGGCUCUCCUGCUGUUCAGAGCAGGGUUCAGAGGAAUUUACAAAUGAGGUUCUACUAAUAAUGAGGCUUCAACACAAAAACCUCGUCAAGCUUCUUGGUUUCUGCAUAGACGGAGAGGAAAAGCUGCUUGUCUAUGAAUUCAUGCCCAACAGCAGCCUGGAUGUCUCUCUUUUUGAUCGAAGUAGACGCGCACAAAUUGAUUGGAAUAAACGAGUUAAUAUAAUAGGUGGAAUUGCUCGAGGAGUUCUUUAUCUUCACGAGGAUUCUCGACUCAGAAUCAUUCAUAGGGACCUAAAAGCAAGCAAUGUGUUAUUGGACUAUGACAUGAACCCCAAGAUCUCAGACUUUGGAAUGGCAAGAAUCUUUGCAGGGACCGAAGGUGAAGCUAAUACGGCUAAAAUUGUCGGGACAUAUGGGUACAUGGCUCCGGAAUAUGCUAUGGAAGGAAUGUAUUCCAUUAAGUCUGACGUGUUUAGUUUUGGAGUACUCUUAAUUGAGAUUUUAACUGGGAGAAGAAAUGCUGGCUUCCAUAGAACAAAACGUGCUCCUAGUCUCGUUGCAUUUGCAUGGACACUAUGGAAUGAAGGAAAUCAUGUUUUGGAGUUAAUGGAUCCUUUGUUGAAGGAGUCGUGCAGCCCGGACGAGUUUCUAAGAUAUUUGCAUAUUGGAUUAUUGUGUGUUCAAGAAGAUGCAAAUGAAAGGCCAACCAUGUCUACUGUCGUUGUAAUGUUGAAAAGUGACACUACAACUCUUUGCCAACCUCAACGACCUGCCUUUUCUGUGGGCAGAUUCACUGAUCACUACGAAACAAGCGGACCAAGAUAUCUCUCCGUCAAUGGCGGCUUGUCGAUUUCCAAUAUUGGACCACGGAUUCUUCUUAACAAAAAAUAUUCUACUUUUUUGAACGGGAAAAUUUGUACCCAUCGAUCGUCCCCAUUCGGAGAAGUCAGUCCUAAAUAUGUCGAGUCAGUAUCAACGUCCAGCGGGGAAGUUUCAGAGAAAUGUUCGACGGUUCCAUCAGAAAGAGUCGGACCUAAAUCUUUUUGGGCGGAGGUUUCUAUGAAAUGUAUAACCUCAUACAGGUUUGUGGGUAAAUCAUGUUGUCAAAGCUGGAUGAAAUGUCGUGAAGAGAUCAUUCUGACCGACACGUACCAGUUGUGCUUGAUCAGAUUUCAAGUUAAUUACCUUGAUCCAUCUCCACUACCUUUUGGCCAAAGUAAUCAAUAUCCUAUGAUCAUGUUCAACCAUAUUUGGAAGAUGGAUAAGAAAGAUGCAUUGGUGGCUAUGCUUUUGUUGAUUAUAGUACCACUUUUGAUGCGCCCUAUGCUUGCGGCCACGCCGGCCAGUGGGAAUCCUCUCUAUACGUUUUGUAACACAGAGAUCUCGAUCAAAAACUACACACUCAACAGCCCAUUUGAAAACAAUCUCAAGCUCCUCCUCGGGUCUCUGCCUUCCAAUACUUCGUUGAAAGGUUUCUACAACACCUCCACUGGAGAGGACUCAGACAGAGUCUAUGGACAGGCGCUUUGUAGAGGGGAUGUCAACUCCACAGUUUGUCAGAAUUGUAUACAGACUGCAACCAAGGAAAUCUUAAAGCAGUGCAGAAGUGAAGAUGCUAUGAUAUGGUUUGAACUCUGUCAAGUUCGCUACUCCUUCCAGAAUUUCUUUUCCUUGAUGGUUUAUACUGGGAAGUAUCCAGAGCAGAAUCAAAUGCAGAAGAAUAUAUCAAAUCCAGUUCAUUUAGAGCAAGUUUUAACUUGCUUAAUGAAUAACAUCUCGAACGAGACUGCGUUUGAUCCCUCUACACGCAUGUUCGCAACUGGUGAAAUUAAAUUCUCAGGGAAGAAAAGAAUCUAUGGUCUUGUACAAUGUACUUGGGACAUCCCAGAAAAGUCCUGUUAUAACUGUUUGCAGUCUGCCUUUGGAGAGCUUCAGGAAUGCUGCUUUUAUCGCCAAGGUGGAAUUAUUGUUAGUAGGAAUUGUAAUAUGAGGUUUGAGCUGUACCGAUUCUACAACGCCUCAAGUUUUCACUUGUCCCUCCCAGCUUCUCAAGGGGGUAGAUGGAAGAUUUGGAUGGUUGUGGUGGUUACGUCAUGUAUAGCACUCUCAGUUUUAGCUGUUCUUAUUGCAUCAUGUGCGGUUAAUUAUCAUUUGCGGAAGAAGAGAAGGCAAAGAGAUGAUGAUAAAAGCCAGAAAGCAGAACUGUUACAUGAGCUGGCAAGCCCCACCGGCGUUGCCAUUACACAAGAGGGGGAAUUGGUAAGUUCGGAAGACCUACAUUCCAUGAGUCUGUCAAUAAUAAUGGCAGCCACGGAUGACUUUUCUGAGUCAAACAAGCUCGGGCAAGGUGGCUUUGGCACUGUCUACAAGGGAGUGCUAGAAGAUGGGAAGGGAGUAGCGGUUAAAAGACUAUCAAGGAAGUCAUGGCAAGGCUUAGAGGAAUUUAAAAAUGAGGUCAUACUCAUUGCACGACUUCAACAUAGAAACCUUGUGAAGCUCUUGGGAUGUGCCAUUGAGGGUGAGGAAAAGCUGCUUGUGUACGAAUUCAUGCCCAACAGAAGCCUUGAUUUCUUUAUAUUUGAUCCGAAGAAACGCAGUCAGCUUGACUGGAAGACAUACAAUAACAUUAUUGUUGGUAUUGCGAAAGGACUUCUUUAUCUUCACGAGGACUCCCGACUUAAAAUAAUUCACAGGGAUCUAAAGCCAAGUAAUGUAUUACUGGACCAUGAAAUGGUCGCCAAAAUAUCAGAUUUUGGCAUGGCAAGGAUCUUCGGUGAGAACCAGAACACUGCUAACACUAGGAGAGUCGUCGGAACAUACGGAUACAUGGCUCCCGAGUAUGCAAUGGAGGGACUAUUUUCUGUAAAAUCUGAUGUUUUCAGCUUUGGCGUCAUCUUGCUUGAGAUUAUUAGUGGCAAGAAAAAUAGCGGCUUCUACUUGACCGAGCAUGCCCAGACACUCCUUGCCUACGCAUGGAGGCUUUGGAAUGAAGGGAAAGAAAUGAAGUUUGUGGAGCCUGUGUUGAUAGAGUCCUGCCUGACUACACAAGAAGUUAAAAAAUACAUGCAUAUCGGGCUUUUGUGUGUCCAAGAGGAUCCAGCGGAUAGACCCACAAUGUCAUCUGUCGUAGUUCUAUUGGGAGACGAAUCAAUAUUACCUCUUCCUAAACCAAAACAGCCUGCACUUGCUAUGGGUAGAAUCGUUCAGCAGAUUGAUCCCUUUCUCGUUACAAAUCCUUCUGUAAAUGGGCUUACUGUUUCCAGUCUUUCUCCUCGCUGAACACCGGCAAGAUUUCCUUUUUCCGUGCAAUCGAUCAUAUGUAAUUUGUAAACUAACUCGGAAAAAAAAGAGACAUGAUUGUGACUGAAAAAGUUUUCAUAAUUUCUGCAAAUAGGAAAUCUGGAAAUGGAUGCAAAAGUUUGCGUAUCAUGUGAAGGGAUUUAAUUCUAACAUGAUAUUGUAUAUAUGUAAAAUAAACAAUGGUAGUUUUUCUUUCAAAAUAAAGUUGGUGUUCUCCAA